AUGGCUCCAAGAAGUAGAAGAAAGGAAACUGCCGUCCCAGCACAUCAUCUAAAUUAUGUGGUGGAGGCUUCUAGUUCCAAUUCAGAUUGGUACACGGGUCCCUCGGUGGACAUGACUAGCGUCGAUCUCUCUCCAGAAGCCCGAGCCAGAGCUCAAUUCGAUCAACGGCAGAGGCACAGAAACUGCUGUCCAACGGAGACUUCAGUGAGUUUGAGGUACCCGGAGCCGUGGCCGUUUGGCCUUCAAGACGUUGGCAUAUCCGGAAGAGAGCUCAGGACGAGGAAGCUCGACAAGAUUCGUCAAGUUCGCGGCAACCACGCGGAGAGCUUUGUUUGUGAAGUUGGUAGAGAACGCAGAAUCGAUGAAGCUUGGUUUGAGAGAACCUUGAAUGGAGUGAAGCGGCAGAUUCUUUCUGAGGCAACCAUGCCGCGGAUCAAAACGGCCGUAUUUUAUCCACUGGGACCGAAGAAUAUCCUCCAAGCUCGAGAUCGACAAAGCAUGCUUGGACGACAAAUUCUUGUCCUCGUAAACCCAAAUAAUGCUUUGGCUUAUUUGGUAAUGCAGAGUUUUGGGAAUCAACAGGACGACGAUGCCGCCGUCGAGAGGUUUCUGAGGCUGAGAAACUUCAACCACAAGAGCGAGAUGAUAGCAGCUCCGAACGCGGGAUACAGCAUGCUCUACAACUACGGAGAAACGCCGAAACUCGUCCGGACCGCCAGCGACUCCACGAUCGCUCUUGUCUUUGAUUCGGAAUAUUUGGAAGAGAGCAGAAGAGACCAAUCAUUCACUGGAGAGAAGUUCUACCAGGAUCGUUUGGGUUGCUCUCUUCGUUUUACUCGUCGCCUCUCGGAACCAGAGAAGCAGUGGCUUGAGAAGCAAACCGAGCUCUUCAAUUUCCAAAACCGUCCGUUGAGAAUUCUACAGUUCUAUAGUGUGGAGGAUCGGAAUAUGGCUGUGAGGCAGAAUCAGUUCGAGUUCCUUGAUGUGUUGUUCUGUGAAUCGAUGUUCAACUAUAAGGAGAUCAUGGAGCAAAUCCAUCUGUACGUCGCCUACUCUAUGGAGGCAAAACACGGUGAAUUGGUGGAAGUGACACUGUCGGCUGAAUGUGACAAGGUUGUCGCUGAAGAAGCGUUCAGAGCCCACUCUCUGAUUUGUCGCUAUUUCAAUGAUAGAGGAGUCGAAGAGCCGGAGCUGAGAUAUGAUCGGGAUCAUACAAAGAUCAUUCUCUGUGGAUUCCCUGCGCAUCUCUCCACAUUUGAGUCACAGAAAUGGUUGGUGGAAAGAAUUCGAAAAAACAACAGAUUCCUCAUCGCCUCCAUCGAGCCAUUCAUUGAAAUUCUUCCUGACGCCGAGAAGAAGUUUCGCGAAGCCAGGAACAAGAGGCUCGACGCUUGCAUCGAGCAGGAAAUUUAUCGAAUUGGACACUGCAAUAAGAUCUACCAUCCGAUUCCCGAGGAGUGGUCGUCGGGAUUGCAUGGAGGCGUCGGCGCCCAGUAUAUGUUGAAGCUGGUGAAAGAGAGGCCAGAUGUGCCUUGGAAGAUUUUCCGAAACAACCGAGGACCAAUGCAGUACGUGGAAACGUAUACGGUACAUUUCCGAACUAUUCCAAUCGGAUUGCGAUUCAUUGGACACAUCCUCGACGAAGCUUCCAGAACAGCGCUCUUCUCGACUGACGACACGGAUAGGAAAGGGCCAAAGAUCAUCCCCUGUUAUCGGAUGUCGAUCACCAUGAGCCGAGCAAUGCGAUACGCUCUCCGGCGAGCAAUCCGAACAGUUGAUCGAGACACUCGACUCACUUUCCCGGCUCUUGCAAAAAAUGAAGAUGUGAUGAUGGAGAAUUCAGAAGCGUCAUAUUACGGUGCCCGCCUGUGCGAAGAUUGGUCUAACGACAGCAAGGCAGGCGUUCUCGAAGUUCAAGGAUGGAAUCCGAGUUCAGUUCGAUUCUUCACGAGAAACCUUCUCAAAGCCAUAGCCCCACUGGAGCUUGUGUCAAUUCCGCAGUGUCCUCCAGAUGAGAAUGCCCAGUUCUUUUUCGGUGUUGGAGAGAACUAUGUGAGAAGUCUGCCAAGGAAGUACGAUGGAAACGUGGUGAUUGAUAUCGAUCAGUUCUCCCAAAAGAUUCGUUUAUGGGGAUUGGCUGCAGAGGAUGCGUUGGAAGAUCUGAAGAGCUACUCGAGGAAUAAGUCAAGCAUUGUCAUCGAAGCUACUAUUCCAGUCCACUUUCCGCAUUUCAAUGAUCGUGUGAGAAACUAUUUGAAUCGCGAUGUAAUCGAGCAAUUGAGAAGGUCUCUGGAUCUCAACAAGUUGACGGAUCACACGGAGAUUUUGAGCUUCGAAGGAACCAUCGAAGCUUACGAAAAGCUUAUCGAAGGCUUGACGGAGCUCAGCGCAGCGGUUUUCGAUAGAGAUAUCGAAGGAAACCAAGAACUAGAAGAGAUGCAAAAGGAGUACAAGUGCACAUGCACAGUAUCUGAAUUCGCCCGAUCCACAAAUUUUUAUCGCCUCCACUGUGGUCACGUCUUCUGCAGAACUUGUCUCAGUCAGUGCAUCAACUCCUCCGUCAACGAUUCAGUGCUUCUCAUUGAAUGCCCCAACGGUUCCUGCAAGAAGUUCAUCUCACCCACCGAACUGAUGGACAUCAUCCUUGGAGACGAUCGGAGAGUCAGAGAUAUCGAUGCCGAAAAACUACGAAUCCUGGUCCACAAAACGAAAGACGCCAUCCUCGCAGCAGAUCCAGAGUUGAAAAACUGCAGUACUGCAGACUGCGUUGGCAUCUACACGAAGGAAGAAGGAGACAUCAGGGAUCUGAAGAACUGCACGGCUUGCAGACGCCGUUACUGUCGGCAAUGCCUCACCGGAGUCCAUGAAGGACGUACUUGCGAGGAGGCCAUACGACUUCAACAACCAGAAGAAUCGCUGAAAGUGUGGGUACGAGAAGCCGGAGAUCGAGUGAAGCCUUGUCCAGUCAAGGAGUGCAAAUCGAUCAUAGAGAAGAACGAUGGAUGCAACCACAUGCAGUGCCCGAAGUGCUCCAUUCAUUUUUGUUGGUUGUGUGGAUUCAGUGCCGACGAGCAGGGGCCAAUAUAUGGGCACAUGAAUGAAGUUCAUGGUGACUUUGGAUUAAAUAAUUAUGUGGUGGACGAAGACGAAGAGAUACUCCAAGGACCACUCAUGAGGCUCUACAUGGGCGUAAAUAUGAAUGAGGAAGAGUCCGACGACGAGACUGUGAAUGGAAUCGACGAACGAAACCGUCAAUUCCUUCAAAAUCUGGGUCUCCACGAUGAUGCUCCGAUGGGCGAAAUCCGUAGAAGAGCCGCAGUGUGGCAACCAAACCACCGUCAACGAGCUCCAUCGCCACCACGACCACCACCACCAAGAAGACCUCGCCACUUCGAGAGCCUUCCCCAGAUUGUGUUGGACGCCCAUCCACAUCUCACGGAAGCGGACGAGGAGGUCUAUCUCGGAUUCCUGAAUUCGGUGGCGACACGAGCGGAGCAGGAUGAACGAGUCCGUGAAUUGACCCAAUUGUAA